AUGAAUGAGGAUUGGCUUGAUAUCUUUCCUCAUUCUAUGGCUGUGUUUAGAUGGGAAGUAGUUUCAGAUCAUUGCUCGUGUGUUGUUACUAACUUGCCUAUGGAGAAGGUGGGAAUCAAGCUGUUUAGAUUUAAAAAAAUUUGGACCGACCAUCCUGGUUUCAAAGAAGUGGUUAUGAGUAGUUGGAGGGUCCCUGUUAAGGCGAUUGGGUUAAGCACUAUAUACUUAAAGACAAUGAGGCUGAAGCAUAGAUUAAAGAAAUUUAAUAGAGAUAACACUGGCGAUAUAGGUAUGAACUAUCACUCAGCUACGGAUGCUUAUCAGGAAGCUCAAUUUCAAGCUCAAUCUCAUCCUCGAGACUACAACUUGCAAGAGGUAGUGAAAGUAGCUGCUGAAGCUUUAACUGUACAGGAGCAUAUUGCAGAGCUGAAAAUAGUAUUGCAACCUAUAUUACUGAGCAAGGUAGUGUCUCACUUUGUUGAACAUUUUAGAAGUCAUUUGGGUAGUCCAAGUUUGGCUACAGGCAGGAUUGAUUUGCACUGUAUUGAGAUGGGUACCAAGCUCUCUAUAGAUCAGCAACUGCUGCUUUUAAAACCCUUCUCUCGUAAGGAAAUCCGAGCUGCUUUAUUUGGUAUUCCCAUCACUAAGUCCCCAGGACUAGAUGGCUUUGGUUCUAGUUUUUUCAAGGUCUUAUGGAAGAAAAUUGGGGAUGAAGUUUGUUCAGCGAUUGGUCAGUGUUUUGACACAGGGCAUUUUCCUUCUGCGCUUCAUGAAACUACUCUAUCAUUGGUCCCUAAAGUCACUAAUCCAUCCCGGGCAAUAGACUGCAUACCUAUACCUUGUUGUUCUACAUUAAACAAGUGUAUAGCUAAACUGUUAUGUUCUCGUAUGGCUUUAGUCCUUCCUGAUCUCAUUCAGCCGAACCAGGGAGGACCUUAUCAAGAACUAUGGGAGGACCUCUACUUCGCAUAG